AUGGCUAAAUACGUGUUAACCUACUUCGAUGCCCGAGGUCGAGCGGAGCCUGCGAGGAUGAUUUUUGCAGUGGCAGGAAUUCCAUUUGAGGACCGUCGAAUCAAACAAGAAGACUGGUCAGUUUUUAAAUCACAAACUCCUGCUGGAUCACUGCCAAUUCUGGAGAAGGAUGGACAAACUAUUACCCAAAGCCUAGUCAUCUAUCGUCAUCUAGCACGAUCUUUCGGUCUAGAUGGUGAAACCAUAUUGGACAAAGCAAGAGUUGAAGAAAUUUUGGAAUAUCUGAUAGAAGUAAAAACUGCUUGGUCUGAAAUUGCUUUUGGUCCCCAGGACGAGGAAUCACAGGAAAAGAUCAAAGAAAAUUAUAAGCUUGCUCUGGACAAAAAAUGUACUCAGAUAGAAAGGAUAAUGUCAUAUAGCGAAUCACCAGAAGGCUGGGCCGUCGGUAAAAGGAUGUCAUUUGCAGACAUCAUGCUGUUUGAGGCCUUUGAAGAAAUUGUUGCACAAAGUCCGUCAGCUUUAGACAAUUUUCCAAAAAUCAAGUCUUGUCGGCAAAAAUUAGAGGCAAACAAAAACCUAAAGAUAUAUCUCUCUAAACGGAAACAUACUAGAUUCUAAUGUUUCUAUUUAUUUUUCAUCAGCAAAAUAGUACGUAGAAAUCUUGUUUUUCUUUGAAAUUUAUGAGAAAUAAAGAUUUUAGGAAAUUUU